CGUCUCGACGCAAUCUCUUUUGUUUCCCUACCAUGGGAGUGACCGACCGGACGGCAAAGAAACCAAAACACACCGGGCCACGGAACACAAGCCCAAGCCGAGAGCCCAACCACCGCGCCUAGCACACCACGAGCACGCAUCGCAUUGCAUUGCACAACACCAAAACAGACGGGCACAAAGACGAAGACGGCGAUGCACCCAACACCACAAACCAACACCGCCACUGCUGCUUUCGGUCCGAGCGUACGGUAGCUGUUGCCCCUGGAGAAUGAGGAGCGGUUCUUCGGAACGAGCCUCGGUUGCGGCUGCGGCGAAGGCCGCGGAGGGGUGGCCCCUACCGGGAUCGACACCGGGUUCCGCUGCCCUYCUGUGGUCUCCCCCGAGGAUCCGGCGGGGGUGGCACGGAAACGGAGACGGACAAGGSGGGCCACCCUUCGAGCGAGAACCCUUUGCCCGCAUCGUUCCCGCCGUCGCCGUCGCUUUCCCCCCUCCYACCGGGCCCGCCGCGAACGCCCGGGGGCUCCCCGACGCCAGAGAAGAGCCCGGUCCUGCUCCCGCGCUUUCCCCUUCAAGGCCUUCCUCCCUUCCGGGCACCGGGUCGAGCUGCGCCGCCGACUACCGGAGGAGGCUGGAAGCAGUCCGGGAGCGGCGAGCCCUGCUGAGAGACUCCCCCGAUCGCCGGUGGCCGGUCGUUGCAAAAGMAGCGACAGCAACCGACGCAAAAGCAAAGGAAACAAAGGCAAUGGCAACCAACGCAACGACGAACGCUCCCCGCGGGCGGCCCGACCGAGACGGGUACCGCCCCCACUCCCUUCCACUACACCACCACCACCCUUUCCCACCCCGAACGAACGGAACGAUCGGAAGGAAUCUCUCCCCGGGAAAGCCGUGGCACCGCACCGGUGCGAUGGUUGGGGACGGACCGAAGGAAGCUUCCGGGAAUCUCUCUGCGGUCGUGGCAUCUUCCACCGGAUCCCCCUUGUGCAACGACAGGAGCCUCCCCGACGGCAAGAGCAGAAACGAGAGCCAAGACGACAGCAAAGACAACACGGGCAUCGACAACAACAACAACAACAACAACAACAACAACAGCCGCCAGGGCCACGGCAUCCUCGAAAGACGCAGCGACGGCCAACACCCCUUCCCGGCGGAAGCCUGCCGGGCCGCUACCGGGGCAAACGGACACCGCGGGUCCACCCACCACCACCGAGCCCCAUCGGCACGCCCCCACACCAAGCGGGCCCGGUCGUCCCUCCGCCGGGUGCUCUGCCGGCCCCCGGAACCCGCCGUGGACACGGGGUUUGCCCAGAUCUGGGGAACCCAAGAGGCAGGGGGGGGCGUCUUGCGCGAGCGCCCGGUCUCGAGCGGCGCCCGGCCCGGGGCCGAUCCGUGGUACAAGAGGCCGGCCGGAACCGGCGGUGGAAGGGACCACCCGUUCGAGCGUGUCAUGCACGUCGUGUGGUUCGUCACGGAACCGGAACAGUAGGCACCACCACCAUUCCGGGAACGGAACGGAUUCGAUUCGAUUCGAUUCGAUUCCGAGCGAACCAUCCGGUGUGCCGGAAUGCAACGAAAGGCAUCCCGCGGUCCAUCGAGAAACAAAACCAUACACGCAAUGCUACGCGCAACGUCUCAAAAGCAAAAAGAAAGCUAUGCAGAACUA